AUGCUCCCUUCUCUUAUCAACUUGCAUUUGAGUAAUUGUGAGCUAUCUUUUAAUGUUCUUCCACCUCUCUCCCAUGUCAAUUUCUUUAGAGCAUUAGAGACCAUUGAUCUUUCUUCCAGCAAUCUAACAUCUUUAAUCUUUCCUGGCUUCUUCGCUUUUAACGACAACCUUCCUGUUUUUAAACACAUUAACCUUGCUUCUAAUCACCUUGAAGGUGAAAUACCAAGAACAUUGGGGGAUCUCUCUAGUUUAGAAACAUUGGAUUUGUCUCAGAAUUAUCUAUCUGGAGAGAUUCCGAAUAUGAAGAAUUCUUUGUCAAUUAGAGAACUAUAUCUUUCAGGAAAUAAGCUAAAUGGGAGUCUGACUACUAGUAUCGGUUCACUUUCCAAUCUUGAAAUUUUGGAUGUCUCCUCAAAUUCCAUGGUUGGUGUUAUAUCAGAUUUACACUUUUUGAACCUCUCCAAAUUAUGGUACUUGGAUAUUUCUUCAAAUUCAUUUACAGUUGACCUCACCCCAACUUGGGUUCCCCCUUUUCAGCUUAUAACCCUGAAAAUGAGCUCUUGCAAACUGGGGCUUCAGUUUCCACAAUGGCUUCACGUACAAAAUAGGAUUUCUCACCUAGAUAUUUCCAAUGCUAUAAUUUCAGAUGUCAUCAGUGAUUGGUUUUGGGAUCUUCCCAUCAAGCUUGGAUACUUGAAUCUCUCCUCCAACCAAAUCAGUGGUGAGGUGCAAAAACUAUCAUCUGUACUAGGUAGUUUCCCUGCAGUUGAUUUGAAUUCCAACCCUUUUGAAGGCUCAGUACCGCUGCUUCCAGUUGAUAUAAGAAUCUUGGAUCUUUCCAAGAAUAUGUUUUCUGGAAUGAUAUCCAACUUAUGUUCAAUGGCGGGAGACAAAUUUAACUAUCUCGAUCUUUCUGAUAACAUUUUAUCAGGAGAACUUCCUGAUUGUUGGAUGCAUUGGCAGAGCUUGGGAAUUAUUAAUUUGGGAAACAAUAAUUUCUCUGGUACUUUACCUGCCUCAUUUGGGUUUCCACCUGAAACACUGCAUAUAAGAAACAAUAGAUUCUCUGGGCAAUUACCUCCUCCGCUACUUAACUGUACAGGUCUAAAACUAGGGAGAAUAGAUUUUCUGGAAGAAUACCAGCAUGGGAAUAAUAUUUCUGGAAGGCUACCACAAUGCAUGACCAAUUUCACUGCCAUGGCUUUAGAGUGGAGUACUGAUGACAUGGAAUCUGGGGUUCCUGGGGGACUUGCUGAUUUAAAUUUCCUGAGUCGCCUGAACUUGUCUUAUAACAACUUCUCAGGUAAAAUUCCAAGGAGCACUCAACUUCAGAACUUUGAUUGGGGAAUGCUGGACUUUGUGGGGAGCCGCUUCCAAAAAAGUGCCCUGGAGAAGAAGAUGAAGCUGAAGCAGAUAAUUUGGGCGGAGGCAGCAAAAGAUUUUGGGCAGUUUGUGGAAGUUUAUUGCUUGACAUGCCUACUUUCGGUUCUUGGACAUGGGAGGAAAUUGGCUAUAUGUAAGAGUCAAAUUGAGCAUAGCCAAACUGCAAAGAAUGCUUUAAACCAAAGGCACCUAAGCAUACAAUAG